AUGGUGGAAUCGUCAAUCUCAACUCGGCCUGUAUGUGUUCUCUUCGGUCCUCAAACCUCAGCAAUUGAGGAAAGCAUAUCCAUCAUUUGCAACUCCCUCCGAACCAAUCCGUCCCUAUCUUUCCUCAAGCCUGUUUUAGAGGAGCUCCCAUCGUUAUGGUCUGUCAUCACCGAUGCUUGGCCGGCCUUAUUGGAGGUCCCGGGGGAUACGCAACUGGGCACCCUGGCUCAAGCGGCGUGUGGUGACUCCGUCGAGAGCCCGGAAAUUCCAUCAAGUGUACUAUUGACCCCUGUCACCGUUCUGAGGCAGAUUAUUGAGUUCUGUGAACUGAAAGAAAAUCACUUGGAGUUCCGUAUUGUUGAUGCCCAAGGCUUCUGUGUGGGCUUCUUGGCUGCUGUUGCUGUCUCAUGCUCUCAAAACACCCAUGAUUUUCAAGAGAUAGCAUCCGUCAUGGUUCGAUUAGCUGUUUGUAUUGGAGCUGCGGUUGACUUGGAUGCGAACGCCCAUGGCUUAGCCAGAUCCAUGGCAGUGAGAUGGAAGUCCGGUGCUGAAAAUAAAAGGCUCAACCAAGUUCUGCUUGCUUCUACAACGGCCUAUAUUUCUUGCUUUACGGAUACAAAUGCGGCUACAAUAACAGUGGCAGAUGCUGAGGUGGAACAAAUAAUGAAGGAGUUGAGAGCUAAUGGCCUAUCAGCCAAAAAUGAUGCGCGGUUCAGAUUGCCAAAUACCAACUCCAGCACUGAUGGUCCAUGUGUUCUCCCAUUGAGAUCGAAUGUGGAUGGUGAUGUAAUUGGAAAAGGAUCCAGCAUUCAUGAUAUCGCAUUGGAGUCCAUCCUCACCAAGGCUUCUUUGUGGUCUUUAACUGUUUCUGGCUCCUUCGAUGGGACACACCAACAAUUCGAGGAGGAGCUUGGCUUUGUUGCCAUUGGAACUGAGCAGUUCGUGCCUCGCCGGAUCAGAAACCGACUCGUCAAGUCCGCAGGUUCACUUGGCAACACCAGUAAUGGCCAGGAUACGCAACCAAACGGAGUCAGUCACACUUCUAUCGGGGCCGAAGUAGAGCAGGAAAAGUCACAAAAUACAAGCAAAAGUCCUUCCACCGCAGUUCCCAUCGCCAUCACUGGUAUGGGAUGCCGAUAUGCCCAGGCAGACUCUCCGGACCUGCUAUGGGAACUGCUUCAACUAGGCCGGUGUGCAGUCAGUCCACUCCCAAACAAGCGUUUCAAGUUGAACGAGCUUCCCCGGCAGCCGAAGGGGCCAUUCUUCGGGAAUUACUUGGAAAAUCCCGAUGUUUUCGACCAUCGCUUUUUCAACAUCUCAGCGCGUGAGGCGGAGGCAAUGGACCCCCAGCAGCGGCUGCUACUCCAGGUGGCGUAUGAAUCCAUGGAAUCCGCAGGUUACUGUGGCAUUAAAAAGUUUAGCCUUCCCAAGGAUAUUGGUUGUUACGUGGGGGUUGGAUCUGAUGAUUACACCGAUAACGUCGGCUCUUGCAACGCCAAUGCCUUUUCGGCGACUGGAACACUCCAGGCAUUUAAUAGUGGCAGAGUCAGUCACUUCUUUGGUUGGAGUGGCCCUUCCGUUGUCAUCGAUACCGCAUGUUCAUCCGCUGCGGUUGCCAUUCAUAUGGCAUGCAAGGCGCUUGAAAGUAACGAUUGCUCGAUCGCUGUUGCUGGAGGUGUCAAUGUCAUGACCAGCCCCAGAGUCACGCAAAACUUGGCUGCAGCGUCUUUCCUUUCUCCCACUGGAGCCUCGAAGGCAUUUGACCAAAAUGCAGAUGGAUACUGCCGAGGAGAGGGAGCAGGCCUUGUUGUGCUGCGCCCCUUGGAAGACGCUCUCCGCAAUGGAGAUCCUAUUCUCGCCAUCAUCGGGGGAUCAGCUGUUAAUCAGGGAUCCAACUGUUCUCCAAUCACUGUACCAAACUCGGAGUCGCAAAGAUCCCUUUACUGCAAGGCCAUGACAGCCGCUGGUGUUUUGCCUGACCAGGUGACUUAUGUCGAGGCCCAUGGAACCGGAACCCAAGUCGGUGACCCAAUUGAGUUUGACAGUCUUCGAAAGACAUUCAACGGGCCAACGAGGAAGGAGACUCUGUAUGUCGGCUCGGUUAAGGAUAACAUUGGACAUGUCGAGACCGCAUCCGGAGUGGCUGGUCUUCAGAAAGUCAUCUUAAUGAUGCAAAAGAGCCAGAUCACCAAGCAAGCCAACUUCACCCGACUCAAUCCGAAUAUUCCGUCCCUGGAAAAUGAGCUUAUCGAUAUUCCCACCCGCUUGACCGAGUGGCAAUCUGCGGCGGCCUCAAAGGCAGUUGCCAUGGUCACUAACUAUGGCGCUGCAGGGAGCAACGCAGCCAUUGUAGUCAAGCAGCAUGAAAGUUCAUCUCAGACGUCGGCUAGCUCUCGCAACAUUCCCUCUGAGGUACCAGUAAUAAUUGCUGCGAGCUCAGCGGAAUCACUCCGGUCGUACUGCAAGGCGUUGAUUUCAUACGUCCGCGAUGGGAACGCCGAGAGCUAUAUUGACACGGCUUACAACUUGGCGGUAAAGCAAAACAGAGAUCUGGACUAUAUUCAUGCAUUCUCAGUUCCCUCAGACGAUUCCUCCGCUUUGAUUCUCAAUCUUGAGUCACUUGAUCUGGAACCGACCAUGCCCAAGAAGAAGUCUCGCUCACACCUACCAGUUAUUCUAUGCUUCGGCGGCCAGAAUGGUAACGCAUGCCACAUUUCGAUGGAGCUAUUUGCCCGAAAUGAGCUAAUCAAAUACCACUUGAUGGAAUGCGAACGGGUCUGCCAGGCCCUCGGCCUUCCCAGUCUGUUCCCGACAAUCUUCGAUGCAGCUCCCAAUGACGAUAUUGUCAGUCUCCAUUGUGUUCUUUUCGCCAUUCAGUAUUCCUCGGCCAAAUCAUGGCUGGCUUCCGGUUUAAAGGUUGAUCGAAUCAUUGGUCAUAGCUUCGGUCAGCUCACUGGACUGUGUGUCAGCGGUGGACUCGAACUAUCAGAUGCCAUAUACCUGGUUUCCGAGCGUGCGAGACUCAUCCGUGAUAAUUGGGGACCAGAUCAUGGGAUAAUGCUUUCUGUUGAAGCUUCAAUUGCCGAAGUGGAGCGUCUUCUGGGCCAGUCUCCGGAAAUUCUCCUCGAUAUCGCUUGUGUGAAUGGACAACGCAACAUGAUUCUUGCGGGCGACGAGCUCUCUGUCCAGGCAUUUGAGAAAAUUGCGGUGCAAGGUCCCUCUACCAUGCGUACUAGACGACUUAAAAACACACAUGCAUUCCACUCUCGAUUAGUGGACAGCAUUGUCCCUGCAUUCACUCAGAUUGCCCGCAGUAUACAGUACUUCCCGUUGUCUAUUCCUAUCGAGGCAUGCUCAGAUGGGGAUUGGUCUUCUGUGACACCAGCCGAUAUCGUUUACCAUAGCCGUCACAGGGUUGACUUCCAGAAGGCUGUCGAGCGGGCGGCAUCCAAAGCUCACGGCCCAGCUGUCUGGUUAGAAGCCGGAUCUGCGUCUCCUGUCAUCUCAAUGAUUCGGCAAGUGAUCGAGGCUACCGCAUCCUGCUCGGGCGACCAUGUGUACCAGGCUAUUGACUUGGAAGGCCCAGUCGCCCAGAAGAAACUUUCGCAGGCUACUGCCAACCUUUGGAAUAAUGGUGUAUCUGUUCAGUUCUGGCCUUUCCACGAUUCCCAGGCCAAGAGUUAUAACUGGAUCAACCUUCCCCCUUACCAAUUUGCUCAAAACCGCCAUUGGAUUGACUACGAUCCUUUCGCGUUUGCUCCGCCGCAGGGCGCGCCACCUGCGAGUCCAGCAGAUGACCUUAACGUGUUCAUUCGUGUUUUAAGCAAGGAACUCACUGAAUGCAUUUGCGCCGUCAAUACCAAUCACCCCCUAUACCAGAUGUGUACAAGUGGUCAUGCGGUUGUAGAUCAGAAUCUGUGCCCUGCCUCCCUUUAUAUUGAGAUGGUUGUCCGUGCUGCGGACUUUGUACGCUCGGACAACUCGUCUUCGCUGGCGAUGCCCCAUGUGCAAAACUUGGAUAUUUCGGCUCCGCUGGUGCUCAAUCCACGCGGUGACUUGCUGCUCAAGCUAUCGCGCAUGCGAUCGGAUCAGACGUCAUGGUCGUUCUCCCUCUACACUCGCGAUACAGACCAAUCCGUUAUUGUUCAUGCGACCGGAGAUAUUAGCUUGUAUCCAUUUGACUCCUCUGUUCCAAUCUUUGCGCGCCUGAAUUCUAUGGGUCGUUUGAUCGAUUCGUCGCGAGUACAAGCCAUCCAAAGCUCUCCGACUUCGAGCGGGCUCAAGGGUAUCGCUGUCUACCAGGCGUUCCGCAGAGUCGUCAACUACGCUGAAUGCUACCGUGGUGUGAGCUGUGUGUAUGCGACCGAGCACGAAUCUGCUGGAGUAGUAAAUCUCCCUUUGUCCCCAACUCACGAUAGCGCAUGCGAUCCUGUCCUUAUGGACAACUUCAUUCAAGUUGCUGGUAUCCAUGUCAAUUGCCUGUCGGAUAUUCGCAGCCAGGAGGUUUAUGUGUGCACUGAGAUUGGAGAGUUCUUGAUCGCACAAGCAUUUGUCGGUAGAACUGGCACUUCUUCGGAAACUUGGGAUGUCUAUUCCAACCUCGAUCGCACAGAGAAGGGGGUCAUUGUAUGCGACAUCUUUGUGCUGAACCGUGCAACAGGCAAACUGGCUGUUGCUAUUCUUGCUGUGACUUUCAAAAGUAUUCUUAUCACUUCACUUACUCGGGCUCUCAAAGCACUUGAUGGUCAAUCCGAAGAGCCAAAGGUGGUUGAUAAAAAUAUCCCUCGGGACUUCAAUCGCAAGGAACUUGAUCAUGUCACGUUGCAAAGUUCUCCUGCUCCUCGACAGAUCGCUCCUGCACGGGACCAUUUCGUUGACGUUCAAGCUAUGCUCUGUGACUUACUUGGGAUGCCCGCUGACGAGCUUCAUCUAUCUUCUAACCUUGAGGAUAUUGGUGUGGAUUCACUGAUGCGUACCGAGGUGCUCGCGGAGAUCAAGAAAAGAUUCAACGUGUCGAUUUCCAUAUCUUCCUUGACUGAAAAUCUGAAUAUCGAGGCGCUGGUUGGCAUGAUUUUCCCCGAGGCUUCCGCUGCGUCUGUGACGAAUCAAGGCCCUGCCACCUCGCAAGUAGGGGCCGCUCAUCUUGCCUCCGAAGGCGAUGGCAGUUUGGCCGUACCUUAUGUGCCCGUCCAAGCUUCACAGGGUUUGAUGGACAUUGCACCUGAGUUCUUCACGGAAAUUCAAAAAAGCACGGCUCACGCAACGGCCACGAAAUGGGACGGAUUUUAUCGCUCUGUCUAUCCUAUGCAGAUGGAACUUGUCACUGCCUAUGUAGUGGAAGCAUUCCAAUCUCUUGGGGUCGUGUUGGAGAACCUCCAGCCUGAGCAGUUAGUCCCACGGGUGGAAAUCCUUCCCCAGCAUGACCAGGUCAUGAGACAGUUCUAUACCAUCCUAGAAUCAUCAAACUUGAUCAUGCAGGCCGGCGCUGGCUUUGUUCGUACGCACACCUCUGUCUCAAAGGUGGCUUCCUCUGAAUUGCAUGAACGCAUUCUUUCGCUCUACCCGCAACAUGCCUCUGAGCACAAACUUCUCAAGACAACUGGUUCGCAGCUUGCUGACUGCUUGACUGGUGAUUCUGACCCACUUGCUCUCCUGUUUCAAGAUGCUGAGGCCCGCGAGCUGAUGGGAGAUGUCUAUACAAACGCUCCCAUGUUCAACGCCGCAACCCGUCACUUAUCAGAAUAUCUCGCUGGUGUCCUCGGUGGCUUAGAUACUUCUCGUGAGAUUAGAAUCUUGGAGAUUGGUGCAGGCACCGGUGGAACAACCAAGGCUCUGUUGAGUACACUCACGGCGGUCCCGAAUCUCCGUCUCAAAUAUACAUUCACUGAUCUCUCAUCUGGUCUCCUGGCCCUGGCACGCAAGAAGUUCAAAGAGUACAACUUCAUGGAGUACCAGGUACUCAAUAUCGAGCAAGAUCCUAGUCCAGGGAUGUUGGGGCAGUACGAUAUCAUCAUCUCCAGCAACUGCAUUCAUGCGACCCGAAAUCUCGUCAAGUCAUCUACCAACAUCAGGAAGCUUCUACGACCUGAUGGAAUCCUUUGCCUAAUUGAAUUGACGCGCAAUCUUCCUUGGUUUGAUCUUGUGUUUGGUCUGCUCGAAGGCUGGUGGUUGUUCGAUGACGGCCGCAAGCAUGCACUGGCCACCGAGGAUGUUUGGAAGGAGAGCCUUUCCCAGUCAGGCUUUGAAUGGGUGAACUGGUCCCUUAACCAUACGGAAGAAUCCAACACACUUCGGCUAAUUACCGCCUCCCCAACACCUGCCUCCCCCCUGGUCAACAGCAUGGAUGCCGACACCGGUGUACCUAAGCAGGAAACAGUUGUCUAUGGAGAGAAAGAUGGUGUGAGACUAUGUGCCGACAUCUUUUAUCCUGAAAGCCUUGAGCCUGCUGGACGGCGGCGUCCAAUCGCUCUCAUGAUUCACGGCGGAGGACACAUCAUGCUUUCUCGUCGGGAUAUCCGCCCAGAACAAACCAAUAUGCUACUGGACUCUGGCUUCCUCCCCGUUAGCAUAGAUUACCGGCUUUGUCCUGAGGUAUCUCUCCUUGAUGGACCCAUGCUCGAUGCUCGCGAGGCGUUGCGUUGGGCCAGGUGCACCCUUCCCAAGUUGAAGAUUAAACGUCUUGAUAUUCAGCCGGAUGGAGAUCAAGUCGUGGCUGUUGGUUGGUCAACUGGAGGUCACUUGGCUAUGACACUGGCCUGGACUGCCCCACAGGAUGAUAUCGCACCGCCCGAUGCGAUCCUUGCCUUCUACUGCCCAAUGGACUAUGAAGAUCCUUUCUGGUCAAAGCCAAAUUUCCCUUAUGGACAGAAGUCUUCUUCUGUCAGCACAGCUUCCGUUUUGUUGGAGGGUAUGCGAGAGCUACCUAUAACUGCGUACAACCCCUCAGCAAACAAGAAGGCCCUGGGAGGGUGGAUGUCUCCAACUGACGCACGAAGUCGAAUCGCACUGCACAUGAACUGGACCGGACAAACACUCCCAGUUCUCCUCGGUGGCGGACAAUAUUUCAAGUCUCUGAAGGCCGGUACUGGUGACGAGAUACCCGAACCCAUGACGGAAGACGUGCAAGCGGUUAGCCCGCUUGCCCAGAUCCGUCGCGGCACCUACAAAUCCCCCACGUUUAUCAUUCACGGAACGCUUGAUGAUCUUAUCCCGGUGACUCAAGUACGGAAGACAUAUGAUGAGUUGGUUGUUCAAGGAGUUGAGGCUGAGCUUCGUGUUUUGGAGAAAGGGUUACACUUGUUUGAUAUUUACCCGGGGUACAAGGAGGAUAGAGACGCCUGUCAGGCUGUCUUGGAAGGCUAUGAUUUCCUUCGCAGUCAUGUUCGGAUUUAG